GCGAUACUUGAAACACGAACCAACUAACGUCCGCGUCCCUCAAACGAACCUUUUUCCUUCUCCGCCUACUCGUUUCCUUGACCACUCCCCCACAAACUUAUGGAUCCGUCGGAUCUCCGACCGUCGCCGCGGCGAGAGCUCCAGGGUCCCCGCCCAUCUCCUCUCAAGGUCGGGAAAGACUCCUACAAGAUCCGGAAACCGCCAAUCGUUCCGCCCCGCCACCGCCACCCGCCUGCAGGUGACCCUCCGCCGCCGCGGCCCCGCGACCCGGUCAUCAUCUACACCGUUUCCCCCAAACCCAUCCACAUCGAGCCCAGCGAAUUCAUGACCCUGGUUCAGAGGCUCACCGGCUCCGGCUCCUCCUCGGCCGAUCCGCCCCUCCCGGCCGCUCCGAUUCCUCUGCCCCGGUCCGGGGCGAUCUCCCCUGCCGCCCGCAUCGCCUCCUUCGAGAGAUCGGCAUCCGCGUCUUCGCCGCGCGUGAGGGAGGCCAGGGCGCAGCCGGGGGUUUCGAGUCGGUGGGAGAUCGAGGGUGGGCCGACCCUCGACCCGACCGCCUCCUUCCCUGGGAUCUUGUCGCCGGUGCCGGCCUCGCUCCCGCCGAUCUCCCCCACUCUUUUCACGCCGCCGGCGUUCGACCCCGGCGUGAUUAGCUUCUUCCACGACUUGAGCCCAAUUUUCGCCAACAACAGCUUCAAUAGCAACUUCAUCAACAAUAGCCCCGUCGCCAAUUUGCUCUCCACUCCUACCGUGCCUUCCCCCGGAGCCUUUUGGGAUCUCAUGAGCCAAUUUCCAGAUAUCUGACCGAAGAUCAAGCUUCAAUUCGUUCGUUCUAAAAACAAGAUCAGGAUCACGAUCCCUGUUGCUACUCCGAUCGAUCACCCGCUGACUUUUCAGUUUCCAGUUCACAAAGGUUCGAAAUUUGUUCAUUCUUUCUCAUUCUUAAAUUAUCAAAAUCCUCACGAAAAAAAACAAAUUUGCUGGGGGUAUUCUGAUAAUGUUGAGGAUUAGGUGAGUAAUUAAGUUUAUUACGGCACGAGGGAUAUAAAAUUGAUUGUGAGCUCAUCUUCGUAAUAAUAAAUUAGUAGCAGCCGGCAAACUUGAAGGGUUUUAGCGUUGAAAACUUAAGUGUUAGGUAAACGUUAUCUGUGUAGUUGACAUUUAAUCGACACGUUUACAAAUAGAUGUCAAUCAACCUGCAACUAAUCUCAUUUUACCAAAAAAAAAAAAAUUCUAAAAAUAAAUGUAAAAGAUUUUAUUUUGAUUGGUCAGAUUCUAACUAUUUAAUAUUGUUCUAAAAAAAAAAUACUAUCCAAAAAAUAUUUUUUUUGGUAAUUACAACAUCUAUUUAAUUUUGUAAGUUAAAUUUAUAAAUAUAUUCUUAUUUUAUUCUUUUAUUAUGUUGUCUACAAAAAUUAAUUUUUCUAUUCUAUUAAAAUAUUGUUUUAAAAAGAUCAAACUAACACGACAAUAACAGAUUAUAUAACGAAUUUGGAUUAUUUAACUAAUCAGUUUUUAAAUAUUUGUAAACUUUAAAAAUUCCUUUCCCUCUUUCUUUCAAGAAAUCACAAAAAACUAUAAAUAUUCAAACCAUUGUCAGACACAAGCAAUGUCAACGGUCUUUCCUUUUUGUGGGAAAGGAUCUUGUGUUAUACUUCACAUAUGCAAGUGAUUGCCUUCUGCUAUAUACAUUGGCAAACAAAAAAUCCCUCUUUUUCCCUAGACUUGGGGAAAUAAGACAAUGAACACUGAUCUAUUAUGAUCAUCAUUUCACUCUCUCAACCAAACACAACAUUGAUGAGAACUGAUCUAUUAUGAUCCUCCAUUCGCCUUAUACUGCCCACACUUCCCGGACUCAUCACGACCGACAAUACAAGUCCUUACUCCUAACAGGUAAACCAAAAUUGUGGAAGGAUCUAAUCGCCCCGUCAUUUCCUGCUGUUACAAUGACUGUACUCCAUGCGCCUGCUUGCUUAGGUGUGAGGCUCCAACAAUCUCCACGAAGUCGUAGACAGUGUUCGCGAGUGUCUCCAGAUUGCAAUGGCAGCUUCGUCUGGCAGGAAAGCUUCUCCUCCGGCCAUGUAGCUGAUGAUCUUGAGGAACCGUCAGGAAAAAGCCAUGCUCCAAGAGAGAUGCAGUCUGGAUUCUUUAGCCAAGGGAUUGAUUCUGAUGUUGCUCUGCGGGGUUGAGUGGGAACCUGAAUAUUGUCACUUGUGAUUGUUUCUCCGUUGACCAUGCCGGGCCACAGCACUGCGAUGGAUGUACCUUCAGAAUAGAAGAACUCUGAAGCACGGGCCAACUUGGCACCUCUGUAUAGUUGUUUGUCAAAUUUAUCGCAACUCCAGAUGUAGACAUUUGAGUCCUCGCCUACA